GUGCAAGCUUACUUAAAUGAUGGUUACUGGGAAGAUAUUGGUACUAUUGAAGCAUUUUAUAAUGCAAACUUGGGAAUAACCAAGAAGCCUGUACCGGAUUUUAGCUUCUAUGACCGUUCUGCUCCAAUUUAUACGCAACCUAGAUACUUGCCUCCUUCAAAGGUUCUUGAUGCUGAUGUGACAGACAGUGUUAUUGGCGAAGGUUGUGUUAUUAGACAUUGCACAAUCAACCAUUCCGUAGUUGGACUCCGUUCCUGCAUUUCUGAAGGUGCAGUUAUAGAGGACUCCUUGCUAAUGGGUGCAGACUAUUACGAGACUGAGGAUGAUAAGAAAGUCCUUUCUGAGACUGGUGGCAUUCCCAUUGGUAUUGGGAAGAAUGCACAUAUCAGAAAAGCAAUAAUUGACAAAAAUGCUCGUAAUGGAGAAAAUGUGAAGAUAAUCAAGUUUGAUAAUGUGCAAGAAGCAGUAAGGGAGACGGAAGGAUACUCUAUCAAAAGUGGCAUUGUCACCGUGAUUAAAGAUGCCUUAAUCCCUAGUUGGUUUGCAGCAGAUGGUGAUCACCAAUGCGCAUCAAGUUCUCUCAUCCCUUUCCAGACCAUGCUUAUUCCCAUGUUGCAAAAAUCACCAAGCUCUGCAUCAACUUACUGAGGAUAAUAAUCAAAUAAUAAAAUGGUGCCAUUCGAAGGCAACAUUUGUAUGUCACUAGUAUGAGGCACUGUUCUAAAUGUACUAAAUGUACUGUUGAGUGUAAUUUGGAUAAUGUAUGCUUUGCAAUCGCACACCUAAAAUACCAUGUGCUUAUACUCUUUCUUACCUUAAUAUGCUCCCUGCAUUGCUCAGGGAAUGAGGAUUAAAAAUGGCAUACAUAACAUGAUUUUUGUUAGAUUGCUGUAAAGCUGACAUUCCCCAACUUGCUUGGGAAUAAGAGGCUUUGUUGUUUGUUGUUGUUGUUGUUGCUGCUGCUGCU